CAAGUUGAGCAGUCGUAUGUGCGGGUUUUCCUUUUGUUUUUUUGUGUGAUAAAUGCCGGCUAAAUGAGUAGAAUUAAGUAAAUUUAAAUAACUUUAAACCAAUUAAGGAGUAAAAAAAUAAUAUAAAAAUGGAAUUCUUAAAAAUCGGGUUUCUUUUAGCUCUUAGCUGCAUAGCUCAAAUCCAAGCCGGCCUCAUUCCUCCGGCCAGUCAACAGCUCUACAAACUACAGAACCACGUGAGCCUCGAUCAAAGGGCAAGUUAUCAAUUGGAAACGAACUUGAAAAUUAAUUCGGUAUGGAAUCAAGAUGAAGAUCAACUGCUGGAAGUCUAUCUCAGCGAGUGUCGUGUGAGUGCCGAAGGAGUGAAACGUUCUAUAACUAGUCUGCCCGAUAGACCAUUCUAUAUCAGUGUGGUCAAAGGGCAACCGCAUCAGGUAAUAGCCCAUACCGGGCGCGAUCAAUCACUGCUCAAUUUAGAGCGUGGUAUUGCAUCCCUGCUGCAGAUUCGCCAUGCGGGUGACGAGGAACUUGAUGUCUCGGGCCAUUGUCGGGUCUCAUAUCAAGUGAAAUCCUCCACACGAGUGGAGAAAACAAAACGCGACUGCGCUCUAUGGGAUUUACGUGUCAGCUAUCAUCCGGAAGAUGCAUUGGGCAUAGCACAGGAAUCAAAAGAGCAAAUCUCUUACGAUUUAUCUGCCGAUGGCCUAUUGCUGCGAGCCGAAUCCAAAGAGAGCCAUCGUCUGAGGCUGAAACUGAAGCCAGAUGUGGGCAGCUGGGUGAAAAGUACUCUAAUUCUCGAGCACUUGGGUACAGGAUCUUCUGAAGAGAUUACCCAGUUGAGUUAUUCCACGCUAGAAGCAGCCGUUGAGAGUCUCUUGGAGUGGUAUCGUGUCUUUGACCUGGAGGCAGACGUGGAUGGCCAGAUAAGUGAACUAAAAGAACAAACCCUUGUGGAACAAUUCGAAUUAUCACUCGAACAAUUGCAAACAGAAGAUGUAGGCAAAUCAUCGCUAGCUUUAGCCUAUGCUAAACUUUUACCUUUGGCCCGCAUCACCCAACAAGAUCAAUUUGAAGAGCUGCUGAAGAAAUAUCCAAAACUUGCUUCGCAGUUGGUGGAUUUGUUGGGAGCCGUUCAGACAUUUGAUGCCCAUAAUGCCACCUUCAGUCAUUUGUAUCAUGAAGCAGAUACCACGUCGGAGCAAUUGGAGUUAUUGGAAAAGUAUCUACAAUCUCUGGCUGUGGGCACACAUCCGGAGAGAAAUAUACUUGAGCAUUUGUACAAACUCUUGGAAAUCAAGGGUCAAAAGAAAUUCAAGGAUUCAAUACUCCAGACUCUGGCCACUUUGACACGGCAGAGUAACUUGGAUAACAAUGAUCCAUUGCUACAACAGAUACGCAGUUAUUUGCUAGAUGGCUUGAAAUCGGAGGAUCCGCUUUUGUAUAUACGUGCCCUGCAGAAUCUUCAAGAUUCAAGUACUAUUGACCAGCUGCUUGAGCAGGCUCUGAAUCAGGAAGAUUCCAAGCUAUCGGUGGCUGCUCUGCAAGCACUAAAAUCUUUUUCAGUCAAGAGAUUUACCCCAGAGCAUCGUCAAGUGUUCGAGGGAAUCUUUUAUCAGCGUAGCGGACGUUUUGAUAGCUCUGCUCGGACUUUAUCUCUGGAUAUUAUUUUGGAUAUGCGUCCAUCUUCAGAGCAAUUGGGUCAAUUGAUAGACUUUUUGGCCUCCAAUGAUCGACAGUUUGAGAUUAAGACAUAUGUGUGGCAAAAGCUGCAAAUGCUCGCAGAGAUUUGCCCACGUUUUCGUGCAUUAUUAAAGGCGGAAUUGACGCAGCGUUCGAAGGUGAACAACUAUCAUGUUUUGGGACAAAAGGGCCUUACCACUGUAUUGACUCGUCCUCUGUCGCAAUCACCUGGCUUCAAUGAGUCCCUGUUAAGCACUCAGGAAGUGUAUAAUGGCAUAUUGAAGCGUGGCUCAGUGGAAUUCCUACUUGAAGCUGGCCGCUCUAAAGUCAGUAGCUUUAAAUUAGGCAUCUAUACCGCCGGCUUAGCUUCAAUGGUGGGCGAUGGCGAUGAUUCUACUGGAGGUAAUGAUCCUAUACCAGCCGAUGAUGAUUUAGUUGGCGAGGAGACAGUCACAGCUGGCAUGGAAAUCAGUGUGCAAGGAUCACAGUUGCGUCCACUUGUAUUUUUCGUUGGACAAACUGAGCUGAUGGGUCAUGUUUGGGGUGGCAGCGCAUCGGAAUCGACGCCUGCAUAUCAAGCUACCACUUUGAAUCAGGAUCAUGAACAAUAUGUGAUACUGUCGUCGGGUGCCACAUUGCAUUUACGUUUGCUAGGAGCCAAAAGUGUGGAUCUAAAUGGCAAAGUGGGUUUCAGUCUGUGGAAUCGUAAUGCCCAGACUGAAAUUCAGCAAAAUACUGGCAGCGCUGUGGUUGGUCAUCUAGCUGUGGGCUUUACUUAUGCCCAGCUACAGCAGGAUUUCACCCUUACCCAUGAGCCCAAGUUAAGUCUGCAAGCAGAUUUGGACUUUUAUAGUGGCAUAAAGUUGUGCAUGCAGCUUCAACGUUCCGAGCAGCUUCUAACUUACCAAAAUGUUCGUUCUGUUUAUCUUCAUAAGGUGGAAAGAUCCUAUGCCAAACAUUGGCGCUCUAGUCUGAUCCACAAAUCACCUGGGUGCACAUUUGCUCUGAAUCAAAAGAACAACGAAAUGUGCAACUUAAUUCAUGCAAAUUCCUAAAAUUGAGAUUGCUAAAUUUCCAUUUUUGAUAACUAAAUAACUAGUAUGCUUCCAGAGUUUUUACAAAAAAAACAGAGAUUAAGACUCAAUUUAGUUGUAAAUGUUCCAAUACGAACAAAUUUUGUACAAUCAUGAAUACUCUUUAUAAUAAUAAAAACAUUUAAUCAUUCUGUGAAAAAA